GUCAGUGAGGACUCUGCCUGUGGUUCUGCUCCACUGAUCCAACCGAUGACAGGGCUUUACCUCAGGAGCUGACUAAUGAAGCAGGGAGGGCUGUCCCUGCUAGUCUACACACACACACACACACACACACACACACACACGCCCCGCCCCCCUCGCCUCUAUUUACAUCAGUGUUAAUCCUCUCCCCUUUCACAUCCCCCCCUCCCGCUCUCUUGCACACUCUCUCUUUUGCUCCUCCCCUCUCUUACCUCAAAGCCAGCAGGCUGCUAUUUGAUCCAGACUGCUUGUUACAUGAUCUCCUGGAAUACAAAGCUCCCUGGCUACUCCAUGGCUUUUCGGGUUGUUUGCGCGUUGCGGUGCAGAGAGCACGACAGGAUGCCAGCGCCACGCUGAACCUACAUCGGCUGGCCUUUCCUUCCCCUUCCCCUCCUGUGAGCUUCACCUUUCUAUCUGUCCGUCUCCCUGACCUCCCUUCUCACCCCAUGCUGAGACCCCCCCCCAAUCUCCUAGUUAUUGUAGCCGCCCCCUCGACAAUGAUACCAUGCAUUAACUGGCUGCAGCCUUUCCUUGCCUUGAUCUCCUCCACCUUGCUUACGCGAGGCCACAUCUGUCCAUCCAGCUGUUUGUGUCCAGACCACCACACUGUGAACUGCACCAACCAAGGUCUAACCAGAGUCCCAGACCCCAUCCCUCUGGGUGUUCGCCGUCUCCUGCUCUCCAACAACUGGAUUCCCUGGAUCCCUUCCGACUUCUUGGUCCUCUAUAGCGAUCUGGUCUACCUGGACCUGAGGAAUAACUCCCUCUCCCAGCUGGAGCCAGGUACCCUGAGCACCUCCUCUAGAUUAGUCUUCUUGGACCUGGGGAGCAACAACCUGACGGAAAUCUCCUCUGGAACAUUUGGGGAGUCCAAGAGUCUGAUCAAACUACGACUGGGGAACAACCCCUACCUAAACAUGGUAGGCAGGGAUGCUUUCACAGGGCUGACUUCUUUGAGGGAGCUGGAGCUGGAGAAGAAUGGUCUCACAGCGCUGGACGUCAUGGUCCUGGAAUCUCUGCCCUCCCUCCGGAUGCUGCGUCUGGAUGGCAACCCCUGGCUUUGCAACUGCCACUUUGCCAAACUGUUUGUAUGGCUGACAGAGAACCACCACAAGCUCCCAAAGGGUAUGGAGGGGAUAGAGUGCUCUCUGCCUAUGGAUGGGCGUCGUGUUCCCUUGAGUUUACUCUCUGAAGACAGUUUUCAGAAGUGCCGUGGUACCCUCACCCUCACUGACUACCUGAUCGUCAUCUUCUCCGGUAUCUCCGUCUCAGUAGCAGCCAUCGUGGCCAGCUUCUUCCUUGCUUCCACAGUCCAUUGCUUCCAGCGCCUCAGCAAAGGCAGCAAAGGAGAUGAGGAGGAAGGCAAUGACUGAUGGGGAAAGGGGAAAUUGAUUUAAUCAAACACAAGUAUUUCAUAACUGUUGCUCAGAACUCAACAAAACAUGAGAGCAAGGAGUGAUUGUGGUGGUGGUGGGGAGGUGGGGGUGAAAAGGCAUUAAAGGUAAAUGCACAUCAAGAAAGCUCGGAACAUGUCAAAUCCAAGAUCACACAUGAACUGUCAUGAGAAUCACAGACUGGUUUGGGAAACGUCAGGUAUGCAUGACUCUGUGAACAGGUAUAGCAUUCACUGAAUGUAGCAAUUUCUACUCCUGCGUACAGUACUGACUGAAGGGACGCUGGUCAGUGCAAAGGCUUUUUGCUGUAGCAUUGCACAGCAAUUAGGCCAUUUUUGAAAAAUAUAUGCAGUCCAAGUCAUUAAGACUGAUAUUGGCAAAUGUAUUCUUGAAGGAGAUAAAGGGACAAAUGUGUGUUGUAGUGUUGGGAUUAUAGGGAAUCGAAGAUCAGCAGGAAAUGCAAGAUAAUACAACCAUACACAAAACUGGCUUUGCUGCGUCAGCCUCCCCAGCUCCACCCUCUUGCCCAAAAAUCGUCACAUCCGGUUAGAAAAAAAACAAGAUGACAACGGCUAAAUUGCCAAA